GGCUAAUACAAAAUUUGAGCGGGCCUUAGUCGUUUUGUCACGGUCCUUUGUUACUCCCACUGGUACAAACUGACCGCGCUUCUCAGGAGAUUCGCAUGACUUCGCUUUGCACAAUGCUGUGCCAAGAAGAAGGUAACCAGAAAAUUGAUGCAUAUCUCAACUCAUUGGGGUUCUGGAGGAAGCAGAUCGCCGCUGAUGGCUCCUGCUUGUUCAGAGUGGUUUCUGAGCACGUGUACAACACGCAGACGAAACAUGAAGCUGUACGACGAGCAUGCGUGCAACAUUUACGUGAGAACAAGACCACUUAUGCAAAGUACCUUGAUGGGGACUUCGAGAACUACCUGUUGAAUAUGGAAAAUGUGAAGGUCUGGGGCGGCCAUUUGGAGAUGCAUGCUAUGGCAACACUUUACAAGAAAGACUUCGUGAUCUUUGACAGCCCAUCCAGAAGUCCCUACUACGCAACAGAAAAUAGCUUCCAAAGUGUGGUGAUGUUGUGCUACACCCAUGGUAAUCACUAUGAUGCCGUCUACUCAAAACAAGAACUUGAUGCUGCAGCAUUCUGCCAAUCCAUUUUGUACAAAAUUUUGUACAAAAAUGUUUUUGAGAUGGGAGACGAUGUUGACUUGGCAGUCGCAAAGAUGCUCCAUGACAAGAAAUCCUUCAAGCACAGGAAGCACAUGAACUUUGAGCAGUGGAAAGAGUGUGUAAAGUUUGGCAUAGAGACCAACGUCCUUCCUGAAGAAGAACAGGCCACUGCUUCUGAAGUGGCGACUGCAUUGGCCAACCGAAUAGCCCCAUUCCCAUUUAAAGUUGCCAAGGCUUUGGACCCGACAAUCUACAGGAAUGUUGAAUAUGACAACUGGAAAGAGGCAGAGAAAGAGAAGAUGCGCAGUGAACAACUCGUGAUUCCAGACUUGAAGCCUGGAGUUAAAUGUUUGGUGCAGAUGUCUAACGACUUAGAAGGCCACAGCACUUCAUUCCAAGCUCACAUUCAACAUGUGGAACCGGAUGAAGGACUUGCCACAGUUUUCGUUGAAAGGCUGGGGAAAAUGUGCACAGUCCCAUAUGACAAAGUUCAGGCACUGCCCCUGCCAGCGCACAAAGUAUUGACUUCGUGCGAAGGGCCUGUUCCACACCAGCUGCAGGGUUGCCUCUACCAGCAGACGUUGCUGCCAAGCGUUCAAGAUCUUCCGGAGUCGCAGUGCAGACUUGCACGCAAAGGGAAGGCCAAGGACCUCUCCUUGUGGCUGCCUACAGUGGUCACUGGAGCACAUCCGCCCCUGGACUUAUCUCUUCCGCAGCCUUCGAAUGUCAGUUGCUCACCUCCUGAUGACCAGGUGAGGUUCCCUUUGAGCCCCUCAUCGCCCAUGGACACCAGCCGAUCAGUUUGGACCCAUCCUGCACGAAUGUUGGCACCUGGCAGCCCCUGUUCAUUUCCUCAGGAUUCCAGUGUUUUGAGCCCUGGUAGCCAAACCCAACUCCCAACAGCUCACCGUGCUGAAACACCAUACUCUGGCAACUUUACCACUUCUAUGUUUGACCAGUGUAUCCUUGGUCAACCUGCGCACACAGAAAGAGGGUUUCUGAGCGCACCACUGCCUUCAUCUUAUGACUGUGUUUCUGCUCCUUCCUUCACUUACGCUGCCCCCUGUCCAGACGUGAUGUGCAGUCCACCACCAUGCACCACUCCAGAUGCCCGUGCCAAUGAUACCCCUCUGCCAUAUGGCCAGGAAGUUGUGACUGUGCAGCAUCCACAGCAGCAGCAGUUCGUCACCUCCUACUUUCCAGUGCCCCUUGCUAACGCCGUAUUCUCCUAUGAGCCACCAGCACCCACUGUUAACCUGGCUGCUCAGCGCUCUAAUGACCCCGAGGGCCGUGACCUACCCAGUGAUGUGCCAACUCGCCGGUUCUUCUACAACAUUGGCCGUGACUACUUUUGGACAUACGGCACCACUCUGCAACCAUUUGCGUUCCAAUCAACACAGGGCUACAAUAGCAACUUCAACAUGACCCAUGUGCCAUAUGUGGUUGACUCCAGCAUGGUCAUGCCUGAUGUCAGAUGCAGUACGUCAGGAUCUGCAGCAACCACAAGCAGCUUCACUGGAGGUCUGGAUGGAGACGGCUCCCCCUCCUCCUCAUAACCGGUCUUUGGCACUGUUGGAAAUGGAAGUCCUUUGGGCAGCUCACCAUCCCUCAGCUAAAGAAUGUCACCAGUUGCUUCACAAUCUCCGACAGACCACACUGUUUUGUUUGAUAUUGUGGUAGGUCAAGAAUGUUUUUUCUAUGUGCAGUGCACAGGCACGAUCUCAUUUGUUACUGCCCUCACUCUAGUCAUUUGAAAAUUCUGUUUUACUGCAACAUAUUGUCUGAUACUUUUCUGUAUCUGUGGUCAGUGACAGUGCCACUCUGAGAUGACUGCAGCCAUUUGUGUGCGCCUUGUCACACUUGAAGUAUAUACGAUCAACACAUACCACCACUACUUAGCCAUUGUUUAAUAUUAUUGCAUGUAUUGGCAGUUGUUGCAGUAGUAUUUUUCUUGACAUGGUGGAUUGCAUUUCUCUGCACAUGUGAGUGCAGAGCGGGUGGUUGUCAAAAUACCAGCACACUUUACUGGUAUUUAGGAAUAUAAGCCUUGCUUAUGUUGUGGAACUUUGUGCAGUAGUUAUUGUUGUAUGUUGUGGGCUGUUUUGUUUGGCAGCUUAAUGCCAAUGUCAUCAUUGUUGGUAGGAGGUAUGAGUGAAAGCAUUAAGCUUUACUGUGAUAGCUAAUAUAGACAUUAGGUCAUUAGUCAUUCUCUGGCACUGUCUGUCCAUCAAAGCUCCUAGUCAGGCACACCACUUUAGCACUGCCAUGCUGCAGCAUUUGAACAUUGCUAUUUUUAAGUAUGUAUUUACAGCCUUACUCUUGCAAGGUAUUCAAAAGUGGCAGUGCAAUACUUUGGCCGUUCUUGAAAGUGCAGCAUAUUUUAGUCACAUCUAGUCUUUUAAAGUUUUGGGAUUACUGUAAACUUCUGAUGAUCAGCAAAUAUGAUCUUCAGAUUUCCAUAGCCCAUAGUAUCUUGUCAUGUCUUUCAAAAAUGCAGAAGUUUGUUUUGGUUGGCGACGUUGUUGCUCCACUCAAUUCAAUUGCUGCCUUAUUCCUUCAGGGAUCUUCCAUGCAUAACUUGUACAUGAAAUCAGCAAAUUGACAGCAUGUGUAUCUAUUGUGCUCAACCAUUGUCUCAAGCCGCUGACCUAACUCUCAUUGAGUUAAGUUCUUCAGCAACUGCAUUUUUUCACAAUGUUUCUUGUAGCAUUAUAAUCUGUCUGGAUUACUCUUUAGUCAUUAGUCAAGCCUUGCUCUUACAUUUGUAUCGCACAUCUCAUGCUCCCACCACUAUCCAUGAUCUCUUUGCCCCUCUUCUUGUUGUCUAUCCUACAUCCUAUAUUCACAUAUUUUUUGGUAUCCAUUGAUUUAAAAUGUUCUUUUGCCUCCUGUGAGCAGGUCACUCACUCAUACUUAUCAUUUGGCAUGCAUACCUGUGUUACUAAUUGAAUUCCUGCCGAAUGAGAUUAAAAAAGUAGGGUAAACAAGUGCAUUACCUUGUCUCAGCCAUGCUGUGGUUACAAAUUGCCCUUGUGUUCAUGGCACCACGUACCUGGACUUGUUUUAUGUUUCUUUUCCUCUUGGUCAUCUGCAAGGUACCAGCUCAUGUCUUAACCAUUCAUAACCAGUUUAUGAGGCAUUGUUGUUACCUCCAAACGUUGAGGUUCAAAUGCCACUGCUGCUUUCUUUUUCAUGUUGAGGUGUUCAACAAUAUGAAGUAUUUUGAGGUCUAGCCUGUUUUAUUUUGCUUCUUUUUAACCAAUAAUUUACUCUACAUAGCUUUGAAUAUUUUGUCUUUUCCUCAAAAGAGAUGUUUGCUUCUUAGCGCCUGUUUUUUAACAAACUCGUGGCAAAAUAGAUGCCAUUGAUGCCCCACUUUUUCAAUUUGUCUGUCUCUCAAGAACUGAGGCAUAUAUCUCGCAACCAUUGUUUUACCUAUUUUAACCUGUUUCAUUGUUUUGUUUGUUGUUAAUGAACACAACUGUCAUCCCACUAGGGUGGUUUCAAGCCUUUUUAGAUUUGUUAACGAUGAAAAAAAAAGGACAAAGUCACUUUUUUUUCUUUGUGCAGUAUUUCUUACUAACCAGAAACUGCCAUGGCCACUAUUGACUUCUGGAUCAUUGCUGUACAUUUUUUUUUUUUUUUUUUUGCCUCAUGAAUGGAGGCAUGCAUUUCACAGCCAUUGUAUUUCCUAUUUAAACCUGUUUCAUUGUUUUGUUUGUUCAUUAAUAAAAAUUUUCAUCCCACCA